UAUUGUCUUGUUCAGUUUAGAUGUUUUUGUUUUAGUUAAACAAGCAAAACGGUUUGAAUUGAGGUGUUUUGGAUCUUAAUUUGCAUCUAAUUAUGGUUUUUGUGUUGUUGAUUUUGUAGAAAUUAGUUGAAACUGGAUCAGGGUUAUAAUUCAUGAGUUUCAUCACUUUUUUCAUAAUUCUUAUCACCAUUCCUUGACUUGACCCCAUGUGAAAGUGAAAAAAUGUUUGGUAUGGGAGGGUAUUUUUGUCAUUUAAAUCUACGCAAUGCUUUGUUGGGGGUAGAUUUGAUUUGGUGUGCCCCGUUGUCGAUGUCUCUCUCUUUCUAUCCGGCUUGUGGUUGUGCGAAAAGACUGAAUUGACCCUCCACUAGUGUUUGCAAUGGGAAAUAGCGAUGAAGAGAAAUCUACCAAGACUGAAAAACCUUCUUCACCUGUAACAGUGGAUCAGACCAACCAGACGAAUGUUCAUGUCUAUCCUGAUUGGGCAGCCAUGCAGGCAUAUUAUGGACCAAGAGUUGCCAUGCCACCUUACUACAACUCACCUGUGGCUUCUGGUCACACUCCUCACCCAUAUAUGUGGGGGCCACCACAGCCUAUGAUGCCACCUUAUGGACAUCCUUAUGCAGCAAUGUAUCCACAUGGAGGGGUUUAUACUCACCCUGCAGUUCCUAUUGGUCCACAUCCACAUAGUCAAGGAAUUUCAUCUUCACCUGCUACUGGAACUCCUUUAAGCAUAGAGACACCUCCCAAAUCAUCUGGAAAUACUGAUCAGGGUCUGAUGAAGAAAUUGAAAGGGUUUGAUGGACUUGCAAUGUCAAUAGGCAAUGGCCAUGCUGAGAGUGCUGAGCCUGGAGCUGAAAGCAGGCAAUCACAGAGUGUGAAUACUGAGGGUUCGAGUGAUGGAAGUGACGGAAACACUUCAGGGGCUAAUCAAACAAGAAGGAAAAGAAGCCGUGAGGGAACACCAACCACUGCAGAUGGAGAAGGGAAAACAAAUACACAAGGUAGUCAAAUUUCCAAAGAAAUUGCAGCUUCUGAUAAGAUGAUGGCAGUAGCCCCUGCUGGUGUCACAGGUCAACUAGUUGGACCUGUAGCUUCUUCAGCGAUGACCACCGCACUGGAGCUGAGAAAUUCUUCUAGUGUUCAUUCUAAAACAAAUCCCACAAGUACCCCACAACCUUCUGCUGUAUUGCCUCCCGAGGCUUGGAUACAGAAUGAGCGUGAACUGAAGCGUGAGAGGAGGAAACAAUCAAAUCGAGAAUCUGCUAGAAGGUCCAGACUAAGGAAGCAGGCUGAGGCUGAAGAACUGGCACGAAAAGUUGAAUCCUUGAAUGCUGAGAGUGCGUCACUUAGAUCAGAAAUAAACCGACUUGCUGAGAAUUCUGAAAGACUGAGGAUGGAAAAUGCUGCAUUAAAGGAAAAAUUUAAAAUUGCUAAACUGGGACAACCGAAAGAGAUAAUUUUGACCAACAUUGACAGCCAGAGGACCACACCUGUAAGUACAGAAAACUUAUUAUCAAGAGUUAAUAACAAUUCGGGUUCUAAUGAUAGAACUGUGGAGGAUGAGAAUGGUUAUUGUGACAACAAACCAAAUUCUGGUGCGAAGUUGCACCAACUAUUGGAUGCAAGUCCUAGAGCUGAUGCUGUGGCUGCUGGUUGAUACAAAAAACCAUGAUCAUGUAGUUUUGGCAUAUUACAAACCCAAAACUACUGCUAACAGUUUUUCUGAGGGGAUGGAUCAGCUGAAUUUUAGUAUCUAAAUCCAUCAAAACCAGAACUAAUUCAUUGUUCAUCAUCAGUUACUUAGGAAAGAGAACUAUAUUCUAUUUAGAUUUGACAAAUAUGGAUGACUACUAAAGUUUGUAUAAUCAAGAAAAUUAGAUAUUUUAGUUUAGAGAGGGAUGUUGAAACUGUCGCAUAAUAUAUUAUGGUGUGUGUAUUAAUGAUUGGUGUGCACCUUAUAAUGGUAUCUGAUAAAGUUUUUCCGGCUUGUUCAUUCUUUGGUAUGUAA